AUGAUAAAUGGGGGUUUGGGGGAAACCCAUAUAAACAACAUGCUUGCGGCAUUGAACAUCCCAAAUAUAAUAGAAAAGAGUCUGAAAGAUAGGGAACGGGAAGUGGGAGUUCACCUGGAGGAAAUGGCUGAAGAAUCUUGCAGGAAACAGCUUCAUGAAGAAAUAAGAGAGAGUGAUGGUAACCUGACAGUGUCAUUUGACGGGGCAUGGCAGAAGCGUGGCACAGGUCAUGCAAACAAUAGUUUGACAGGUCACGCAACGUUGUUUGGAGAAAAGACCCAAAAAUGUGUAAGUUAUGCAGUAAAAGUGAAAAAUUGUAGGAUUUGUUCUGGUGCAAAAGCGAAAGGAGUCCCUCCACGUAAGCACAGAUGCCAAUGUAACUGGUCUGGCUCUGCCAAAGCUAUGGAGCCGGCCAUGGCCUGUGAAAUGAUCCAAGGAAUAAUCAAUGAAGGAUCAAGGGUACUACAGUAUUUAUCAGCUACUGCUUUUCUCUCCCCUUCUUUCUAUUUCUAA